UACAGGUAUUUGGGUUAGUGUUGAGAGUGGGUGGGGGUUUACUCAGCAGCACGGCAAUGUUCUGACAUUUACCCACUGACUGACAAAGUGAAAGUACGGGGGAAGCUGUGCCGGAAGGAAGUUCUCUGGGGCGGCGAGACGCACAGACGCUACCGGUAAACGGGAGGCUGCGGUAUGUCCGGAGACAGGGUACUGGCCUCCCGGCACCGGGGUUCAGCCUCUCCACCCGCUCGAAUGCGGCUGCGACUCGGCCGAUUGUGAGCGCUUCCCUCUCUGGAGUGAACGGCGGCUGCUGCUUCUUGCCUUUUCUCGGGGGCCGGACUGACGCAGCGGAAAGUUGGUGGUGGGGGAAUGUGUGACCGCUCCAUGUUGUUGUGGAUGGCCAGUGUGCAGCCGGCGCUGCUCCUGUUGCUGCCGCUCCUCAGCGGCGUUUACUGCCUUGUGGAUUCCAACAGCUCGACCCCAGCACUGUACUACGUGACCAUCGGAGACGGCACCUCCACUGAAUUUGAGUUUCCCGAAAACACCAAAGGCAUCAUUGUGGUUUCCAGUCGCUACAGCAGCGCCGAGGAAAAGGAUGGUAGUAAACUGUUCGUUCAGUCUCUGGACCCAGAUGUCCUCACCAUCAUUAACGUCAGUGAUGCUGAAACCAUAGGAUUUGUGAAAAGUUACAUUGUCAGCAUCAAAUCCGGACUGGCUGGGACCGCGCCUCUCUUAAUCCGCCUUCUGGAUGUCACUAGGGUUGAGCCAUUCACUGUGGAAGAGCGAAAAGAUUAUAUUAUUAAAGUGUCUCCCACUGAUGAUGAUCCAGGUUCAACUAGUUUGGCGCAUUUCUCUCAGAACCCCCUCCUUUAUUUCCUUCUGCCUUUAGUUUUUAUAAACAAGUGUGCGUUUGGUUGUAAAGUGGAGUUAGCAGUCCUGCGAGGUCUUCUCAAACAGCCACAUCCUGUCAUUCUAGGAGUGAUUGGGCAGUUUCUGUUGAUGCCAUUAUAUGGAUAUACUUUGUCCAAGGCCUUUUCCCUUCCCAAAGCUCUUUCCCUCGGGCUGAUAAUAACUUGCUCUACCCCUGGAGGAGGUGGAGGUUACCUCUACAGUCUGCUUCUAGGAGGGGAUGUGACCCUUGCUAUUUCCAUGACCUUGAUCUCGACUGUAGUCGCAACUGCUAUGAUGCCACUUUCAUCCACCAUUUAUACCCAUAUUCUCAAUGUUCAUGAAACACUGCAUGUCCCAUUUACUAAGAUCCUUGUGACAUUGCUGUUUAUUGCUAUUCCCAUUUCAACUGGAAUGUUGAUAAAAUAUAAAUUGCCACGACUCAGCAAGUUCUUACUUUUGCUCAUUCGACCCCUCAGUUUCCUGUUAAUUAUUGGAGGACUCUUCAUGGCUUACCAGAUGGGAGCAGCCAUACUUUGCAAUGUUCGUAAGGAAAUAAUUGUUGCUGGAGUUGCUGUUCCUGUGUUUGGAUUGCUUAUUGGAUAUCUCAUGGCUUAUUGCUUAAAAUUACCUGUUCCUUUAUGCAAAACAGUCAGCAUAGAGAUUGGAGUUCAAAAUAGCCUGCUAGCCCUUGCAGUACUCCAGUUGUCCUUCCGUCGCAUUGAAGCAGACUUUGCCUCGCAGGCCCCAUUUAUAGUGGCUCUGAGUAGCACUUCAGAAAUGCUGCUACUUGUGAUCCUUCAUCUUCUCUACAAGACUCUCAGGCCACAUCCAGUCUCUGAAGGAAAUGACUUGAAGUCCUGAUCUCUUUGAGUUUGCUCAAAGGAAAUGAAUUACCUGCACUGCAACAUAUUUGAAUAUUUUUGUACUGAGCAGUUUUCCAAAAUGAGUAUGUGUGGCUACAGCAGCAAUUUGGUAUGUUUACAUGGUCUUUUGAAAUGAGCCACCAUGUUGCUUUUCUGCUGACCAUGAAUGCACUGCAUUUCAAUUGCUGAAUGGCUAGUGCAGUAACGUACAGCCUUUGCUUUGCAUCAGGUAUUGGAUUUCAGUGGAAUUGACAAUUAUGUGACCUCAUUUCUUCUAGAAACUUAAAUUGCUGCAAAUUUUUUUGAUAGUUUAUACCAUCUGCAAUAAGAGUUGUUGCCUCUUUUUCUCAUUAUUUCAGAUGUAUAAUAUCUGUUGAAGGGGACAGUUUCCACCAUGUUAUUUUUUGGUUUUAAAGAGGCUUCGAUGUAUUUAAAUAUUUCCUAGUUGGAACUCAGUGUUUAAACCUUUGAUUACUACUUAAGAGACAUUCUCUUGACCAGGCUUGUUGUACAGAAAUACUUCUUUAUAUGGCAGUAUAUAUUCAUUGAAUAAACUAAAUUGGUGGUUCUGAGCAGCAUUCCCUGUUAUGUUUUAUUAGUUGGAAUUCUGUGCAACACCUUUUUUUUGUGACCUGCAGUAUGUUCUAUAUGUAAUGUGCACUGUUUUUGUAACAUCAGACAUCAGUAACAAUGCAGAUAGACUUUUAAUUUGAAAAGCUAAAGUAAGAAUAAACUAAUUUUCA